UAGAUGUUGACCCUCCUAGAUGAUAGGACACUAGUGUAGAGGAUGCUAAUUGGGUCAGGAGGACUAUGUGAGAGGGGGGGUGAGUUCUUUUCAUCUCAAGAGCCUGGCCACUCAGGUCCAGACCCCGCUGUUGUUGCUGCUGCUGCAGCAGCGGCAAGUGGCAGUGCAGGGCAUUCUGGAACUGUUGCAGUCCCGAGUUCGGACCCAACAGCCGCUGGUCCAAGCUGCAGCUUUCCUUAUAUGGAUAGAAAGGCGGCGCAGAUUCCGUCUAAGUAUGAUGGAAAGGACAACAUCGAAUCUUGGAUCAGCUCCAUGCGAUCCUACUUUGAUGUGCUGGGGACACUCCCAGUUACUCAGUCGUCGGUCCUAGGGACCAAUGUGGAACCCCCCGUAAGAGGAUUCUUGGAAAUCCAAGCUGUACAAGCAGGCUAUAAAAGAAUAGACCUGAACAAAUGGUUGAAGGCUACGCCUGUAGCCACACUCGAAGAACUCUUGAUUAAACAGUAUGUUGAUCCACAUGCUACAGCUAAAGCUAGACUUAAGCUUGACAAGCUCAAGCACAGCAAAUGGACCGGCACCAUGCAUAGCUUGCAGCAGUAUGUUAGUAAACUAUUUGCUACUCCGGAUCUGGAGAUGACUGCGCAAUCUUGCUUGGAUGUGAUAAAAGGCACGGUCCCCUCUACUAUAACACAUCGCCUAGGGCUCGAGCUCAUUGCGUAUACAGAUUGGCUUACCCUCAUGCGGGACUUAGUCAAAUUGGAGGCACAAGACCUCCCGGGUGGAUCGUGUGGCAAAAAGACCACCGGCCGCAAAUGGUUUCUGGACAGCAACCGUUUUUCAGUGCACAAUCUACUUGAGGAUGACGAGGAGACCUUCGCAGAGGAUCCUUCUCUUGAUAACGAUCAAGAGCAAGGUUGCGAGGCAUCUUGCUCUUUGUCAGCCCAUGAGUCUGAGUGUGUGAAUGAUGAUGAAUCUAUGAAUGCCUUCAAAAAGACUGCCUUCAAAAAGACUGCCUUCAAAAGUAAGGGAUCGAGGACCAUGGUGAAGAACAAUAGUAAAACCAUUCUCCUUCCCAAGAGAGCGAAGAUUCCACCCAAACCAGAAGAUCCUGCCACAAAACCAUGGGUAGAUCUCCGGAUCAGUGAAAUUCCCGUGCAUCCGGUCCGACACAAGAUCGAGUUGAUAGAUGGUAGCACUCCUCCAAAAGGUUGUGUCUAUCGAAUGAGCUCAAGCGAACUGGAGGAACUGCGAAGGCAGAUCGAUGACAUGAUUGGGAAGGGAUGGAUGAAGCCAAGCGAAUCCGAAUUCGGUGCACCGGUUUUGUUUGUCCCGAAGAAAGGAGGCAAACUACGGAUGUGUAUCGAUUUCCGCGGACUGAAUACAAUCACAAGAAAGAAUGCAUAUCCUUUGCCACGUAUUGAUGAUCUGCUUGAUGAUGCAGGUGGGUGCAAGGUCUUCAGCAAGAUCGAUCUCAAGUCUGGCUACCACCAGAUUGAAGUCGACCCUGCAGACCAGCACAAAACUACAUUCAAAACUCGCAAUGGGUUGUACGAGUUUACCGUCAUGCCCUUCGGCCUCACGAAUGCAGCAGCCACCUUUCAAAGUCUCAUGGACAAGGUAUUCCGCAAUCAGAUUAAUCGGUUUGUUGUUGUUUAUCUGGAUGACAUACUAAUCUUCAGCAAAUCGAUGGAGGAAUAUGUGAGACACCUUGAGGAAGUGUUGCAGAUCCUCAAGGAUGUGCAACUCCAUCUCAACUUGGAGAAAUAUGAGUUUGGGAGGGACAGCGUCAUCUACCUUGGACAUCGGUUGUCUGCUACAGGCCUAGAGCCCAAAGCAACCAAAGUUGAGGUCAUUCGCAAUUGGCCCCAACCGGCCAAUGUCCGCGAGUUGCGUUCUUUUCUUGGUCUUGCGUCRUACUACCGUAAGUUUGUACCCAAAUUCUCUAUCAUCGCCCGUCCGCUGUCCAAAUUGACAAGUAAGAAUGUGUCUUAUACAUGGGAUGGGGAAUGCACAACAGCCUUCCAAGAGUUGAAGGAGGCUUUGGUGAGUCAUCCGGUGCUCCGCAUUGUAGAUCCCAAACUUACAUUCGUAGUAACUACGGAUGCAAGCUUGUAUGGGAUUGGCGCAGUGCUGCAGCAAGAUGACAGCGAUGGUUUACGUCCGCUUGAAUAUUACAGCAAGCGCAUGCCCAGUCACAAGGUAGCUGCUUCCACUUACAUGCGAGAGCUCUAUGCUUUGAGAGAGGCACUAGAUCAUUGGAAACACUACCUCUUGGGUCGUCAUUUCAAAGUGUUCUCAGAUCACGAGACUUUGAAAUGGAUUCAGACACACAUUAAUCCAUCAACCACAUUGACCCGGUGGCUGCAUGAGAUUGAUGUGUAUGAUUUUGAACUUAAGCACAAGAAAGGCUGAAUCGCGUUGCGGAUGCUUUGUUUCGCCAUCUUGAGUACAUGACUUGCCUUGUGGGUUCCUAUGAUCUCCGUAAGAAUUUAAAGG